UUUACUGAUGUCAACAAAUUUAAUACUGUAGGUAGUCAACAAGCAUGGCGGCAUCUCAAACUUCGUCGGCAUCUACCAACAAAAAGGAUGGAAUUCCAGUACCUGGUUCGGAAGGUAGCGAUCAACUUAUUGUCCGACCAUUGGGUGCUGGACAAGAAGUUGGACGAUCAUGUAUUAUGCUUCAGUUUAAAGGAAAGACUCUAAUGCUUGAUUGUGGGAUACAUCCAGGAAAAGAUGGUUUGGACUCGCUUCCGUUUUUUGACAUGGUUGAACCUGACUCAAUAGAUCUCUUACUUGUUAGCCAUUUUCAUCUUGACCAUUCCGGUGCACUGCCAUACUUUCUGAAGCGGACAAACUUUCGUGGACGUGUUUUCAUGACACACGCAACGAAGGCAAUCUACAGAUGGCUUCUCUCAGAUUAUGUCAAAGUUAGUAAUAUCUCAGCAGACAAGAUGUUAUAUUCAGAUGCUGACCUUCAAAAUAGCAUGGACCGAAUUGAGACUGUCAACUUUCACCAAGAAACUGACGUCAACGGUAUCAAAUUCUCCUGCUAUAAUGCUGGACAUGUUUUAGGAGCAUGUAUGUUUAUGAUAGAAAUAGCCGGUGUGAAGAUCUUAUACACAGGAGAUUUCUCACGGCAAGAAGAUAGGCAUUUGAUGGCUGCGGAGAUACCCCCAGUCAGACCUGAUGUCCUAAUUACAGAAUCCACAUAUGGCACCCACAUCCAUGAAAAACGUGAAGAAAGGGAAGCAAGAUUCACCAGUACAGUACAUGACAUUGUUAACAGAGGAGGGCGAUGUUUAAUCCCAGUCUUUGCAUUAGGACGUGCUCAAGAACUUCUUUUAAUUCUAGAUGAAUAUUGGAGCAAUCAUCCUGAACUUCAUGACAUUCCAAUCUACUACGCAUCUUCUCUUGCUAAGAAAUGUAUGUCAGUCUAUCAAACAUAUAUCAACGCCAUGAACGACAAAAUCAGGAGACAGAUUGCUAUUAGUAACCCAUUUGUGUUUAAGCACAUCUCCAACCUUCGUGGUAUGGAGCACUUUGAGGACAUUGGCCCCUCAGUAGUCAUGGCAAGUCCCGGAAUGAUGCAGAGUGGUCUGUCAAGAGAACUCUUUGAAGGCUGGUGCACAGAAAAGAGAAAUGGAGUCAUUAUUGCUGGCUACUGUGUUGAAGGAACAUUGGCAAAGACCAUUAUGUCCUCUCCAGAAGAAGUUACAACAAUGUCAGGCCAGAAGGUGCCACUCAACAUGCAGGUUGACUAUAUUUCGUUCUCUGCCCAUGCUGACUACCAACAGGUCAGCGAGUUUAUUCGCACGUUAGAGCCCCCUCACGUGAUCCUUGUGCAUGGGGAGGCAAACGAGAUGAAACGUUUGAAGUCUGCUAUCGUACGUGAAUACGAAGACAGCACAGACUACCAUAUACAGGUUCACAACCCAAAGACAACGCAGGCAGUUGAACUUCACUUCAGAGGAGAAAAAAUAGCAAAGGUCAUGGGAACCUUAGCUAAGGAGAAGGGGAGUGACGGGGGACAAUUAUCUGGCAUCCUCCUAAAGCGCAACUUCAACUACCAUAUUAUAGCGCCCUCAGACUUAUCAGAUUACACUGACUUGGCUGUAAGUACAGUGACCCAACGGCAAAGCAUAUCCUACAAUGCACCAUUGUCCGUUCUAACACACUAUCUGGCUCAACUCUCAAGCGACUUACAAUAUAUUGAUGCCAUUGAUAAGCCUGGCCUUAGGAUAUUUGGUGCUAUCAAAAUUAUUCAUGAACCCGCACAUAAGAUGGUUACGCUAGAGUGGAAGGCAAACACUGUUAAUGAUAUGUACGCAGAUGCUGUCAUGAGUGUUAUUGUGCGGGUAGCCGGAGAUAUUCAGGAGAAGAAAGGAAGUAUGACACCAAUGAAGCAGCAAACCGGUAUUAACCCAGAUCGCGUUUUGAGGCUUCUGCGUGAUAUGUUCGGUCAUCAGUGUGUGCACGACGAUGACAAACAAAUUGUUGUUGAUAUCGAUGGAAAGAUUGCCACAAUAAACAUCAAUACCCUGAGUAUAAAGUCAGAUGAUCCAAGCCUGGGAAAAAUGGUUACAACAGCAGUACAACGGCUGGCAGAUGCUUUGGAACCGAUUCGGGGUUAGAAACAUAGCUGUAUUGGUUUAUUAUACCAAUAUAUCAUGGGAAAAAAUACUUCAGAUGGACGGGCAUAUCCUUUUAGUUUAGGAAGAGGUCAGACCUGUGAAUAGCUAUCUGCUUAAUAUGUAGGGCCUACUUCUUAGCCUAACUGGGGGGUCCCAAGUUUCCCGCAAAUCAAAGAAAGCUCAUUUAACUAGGUCUUCAAACUUGAGAACUUUGCUAACUCAUUCUACUUUCCAUCAACAUUCGAUCUUUGCCUCCAUUGUGCAUUCUGCAGAUCAUCUCUUAUGUAAACAACAUAACUACCAUAUU